AUGUCUACCUUAAACGAACAGAUAGUCCAAUUUGUAUUUGGAUUGGCUGAUCUUAAAGUCGAUAUUCCCAUCAUCAACUAUUCUUUACCCGUCUUGGAUGUACUUUUUGCUAUCUUGAUUAAUUAUUCAUAUCGUUCUGCUCUAGGCGUAAGCCAUAGCCAGGUUGGAUGGUAUCAAGGUUUACUUGCCACAUUGGUCAUGGCAAGUGGUGGUGGAUGUACAGUAUCAAUAUUAAGAGGAGAGCCUAUUGGUCUUUUGAAAAGCAAUCAAUUUUGGGCUAUUCACUGUACUACCUAUCUGGCCAUGUUUUCUGGCUCAUAUGGUUAUCAAGUGAUCGACUUUCUAUUCAACAUACCCGUUGUCGAACACCUGUUCACCUUAUCAGAUAGUAUUCUACGUGCCUUAUCUAUGUGUCAACAUGGUAUCGAUGGUGUUGGAUCCAAUCCUGCUUUGGGUGCUGAUAAGUACGUUGCAAAGAUUUUAUGCGGAACUUUAGCCGGAUGCGGUGGUGGAUUAUGGAUCGACGCUUUCCGCUUGACUGAGACAAACUGGACUUUUUCAACACCUCGAUUGCUUCAUGUGGCAUCGAUCGACAUGAAGGCCUCAUUUAUUGGCAGUUUGUUCUAUGUUGCUGCUACCAGUCCAGAAUUCUGUCAGUGGCUCGGUAUUCCUGUUUUUGAGCCAAAGGUAGCACAAGCAUGGAGUGCUAUUCUAGUAUCUUCAGGUUUAGCCUAUGGUACCUAUGUUUCAAGAUGGGAGAAGAGAAUAGCAUCCAGAAAAGAAGUGGAUGAGAAAAAAACAAAAUAA